AUGGCCAUUGAUCCUGAUCAUCCCGGUCUGGAAGUCACGAUAUGCGUUGAUGGCCAGCCUUUGCCUGAGUACGAGGACGAAGACGAGGACCCGGCACCGAAAACAACUACAAAGUAUAUUGAAGCGCGCUCAGACAGUCAUUUCUCGAUCGUGACUGAGUUCAAGCCACCAUUCCCAACCCAGUAUCAUGUUAGGUCGUCACUAUGUAUUGACGGAACCGGCAUGGACAAAGCGCUCUGCUUGCGAGAGGACCUCUUCAAGAAACCUUUCGAGAAUACGGGCAUUCGCCGGCGAGAAGGUGAACAAUGGGUCAAGCAAAAGUUCUCUUUUGCUAAGCUGAACAUUGUCGAAGAGGCCCGUGAAUCCAUUCCUAAUGUCGCUGCUCUGAAGCAAAGUCUCAGCACCACUGGGUGCAUCACUUUAUCCUUUCAACUCAUCAAGAGUUUCAAAGAAAAAGUGAUGGAACAUGUACCGUCCGGUUCGCACACUAGACUUGCAGCUCUGAGGGAAAUACCUGAGAAGGCGCUCAAAGGCGACGCAUUAUCGCACCAAAUACUGCAGUAUAAAUUUCUAGACGAGGAGCCAUUCGCAACCUUCCACUUCAAAUAUCGGGUCUCUUCAGAGAGCCUCAGGGCACUUCGGCUUGUUACAGUCAACGAUCCUCCCUCCGUUCCUCUGGAAGAGAGGCCCGAAGAAGAGCUUACACCUGCUGAGCUGAGAGAGCUGCUACGGCGCGUACGGAGGCGAGAAUCAGAGAGUGCUUCCAUCAAGCAAGAAGCCGAAGCUACUACGAGCGUUAAGCGCGAGAGGGCGAUUAACGACGAUGAUGAAGUGACCUUUGUCGAGACGCGACAGCGCAAACGUCCGCACGUGGAGCAAGAGGUUAUCGUGAUAGACUGA